UCAGCUGAAGAGCUUAUUCAACAACACCCCACCAAUGUGGUUGCUAACCCGGGGUAUAAGACCGCAUCCGAUAAAUCCUGGUCCAACUCCUACAAGCCCAUAAAGAGCACAACCUCCUACAUAAAAAUUCAGAAUGGCGUUAUAGACGCCAAUUUCGAAAAUGCCUUCAUGGGAAUGAUGGAAGAUGACGCCAUGCGCUUUCGUCGGCCAGCCGUUCCUACCAAUCAACGUUAUUGGAGACUUGAGACUGAAGCAGAUUGCGAGAACUGGUUCAAUACUGAGAUAACUAACGUGGUUCUCUCUGCUUGGCAUUCGAAUCCACCACUUAUGCAGACCUCUCACACUAAACCACUGACAGAAGAAAAUAUCCCCGAAAAUGUGGAUUGCACAUUUUCAGUAAAGCAUGGCGGAAAGAGAUACACUGUGGCUAUUGGGGAGUUUAAACGCAACCUUCUCGAUCCGAAUGAGUGGGGAAGUGGCUUUAUUACUAAAGGUGGCCAAAGGAAACUUUCACAAGAACUCAGAGGAUAUGCAAGCAAAUAUAAGUGUCCCCAAGUCUUUUGUUUCGACGGUUCGAACCUUGUUCUCCUACAGUUUCGGGCACACAGAGUCGAGGGUAUCAAGAAUGAGGACUGCGAGAUUGACUCCUGGAUGAUUCCUGUGAAGAACUCAUCAUGCAGCCUUCGGUAUGCACUUUAUCGCCUCUUGGCUCAAGGAUGGAGACGUUGCCAAGGAGAGGUGGCCGCA